AUGGACAUGUACACACAAGUGAACGUGUUUGUCGAUGGCAUACGUGAAGGUUUGACUCGGCUGUCGCUGGGACGCGCGGAGCCUGCCACUUCGGAGGAGGAUUUCGCUAUCGCCCUUUGUGAGGACUUUAGAGUCACCAAGGCCUAUACCAAGCCUUCAGUUGUUACCGCUGUCAAAUCAGUGGGCCCGGAACCUAUGGAGAUCGAUGCAAUUGAGUCGUCGGGUGACCGACGACGCGCUACGCUCUACAAGGGCGACGCCCGUAGCGGACGUCAAAUAAUCUGCUUUCGAUGCCGAAAGCCGGGACAUCGCGCAACUGAAUGCCGCGCGCCAGCACCGAUGUCGGUACACGCGACCGCAACCCAUCAUGAGGGAGGUGCUCCGCUAGCUCGUCCAAGAAACGGACGAGACCAGUAA